UGUUCCUUCUUCCCCAAAUUUGAACCAAUUCGUCUCUCUCUCUUCUCACGGCGACUGUAGGUCUGAUGAUAAAGUAACACUAAAACUUCCUAAAGAAAGGCAAGCAGGCUCCUCUGUAACUUCGAAUCCAAAGGAGAAGCAGAACAGAUAAACAAAGUGGGGAAAAAAAAACUGCGAGAAACGAAACCGACUAGACAUGUUCUCAUUAUUUAACAAGGGAAAAGACAAUUUCGCCGAUGCUUCAUCAACAUUCCCGGCGGCGACGUCCUCGUCGUCACCAUCUGUGCCCCCAGUGACUGGCCCGGCGAGGCCAAUACGGUUGGUCUAUUGUGACGAGAAGGGAAAGUUUCGGAUGGAUCCGGAAGCCGUCGCAACUCUUCAGCUUGUGAAAGAGCCUAUUGGCGUGGUGUCUGUUUGCGGACGGGCUCGCCAAGGCAAAAGCUUUAUCUUAAAUCAGCUUUUAGGGAAGAGUAGUGGAUUCCAAGUAGCAUCAACACAUCGGCCAUGUACCAAAGGUCUCUGGUUAUGGAGUGCACCUUUGAAGAGAACUGCACUUGAUGGAACAGAGUACAACCUCCUGCUAUUAGACAGUGAAGGAAUAGAUGCCUAUGAUCAAACGGGAACAUACAGCACCCAGAUAUUUUCAUUAGCUGUGCUUUUGUCUAGCAUGUUCAUUUAUAACCAGAUGGGUGGUAUUGAUGAAGCUGCCCUGGAUCGUCUUUCUCUUGUCACUCAAAUGACAAAGCACAUUCGUGUUAGAGCAUCUGGAGGAAGGACUUCUGCAUCUGAACUUGGGCAGUUUUCCCCAAUUUUUGUUUGGCUCCUUAGGGAUUUCUAUUUGGACUUAAGUGAAGAUAACAGAAAAAUAACUCCUCGUGACUAUCUGGAACUUGCUUUGAGGCCUGUCCAAGGGAGUGGAAAAGAUAUAGCUUCUAAAAAUGAGAUUCGGGAUUCUAUUCGCGCUUUAUUCCCAGAAAGGGAAUGCUUCACCCUGGUGCGACCAUUGAAUAAUGAAAGUGAUUUGCAGCGACUUGAUCAAAUAUCGUUGAACAAAUUAAGGCCUGAAUUCCGAUCUGGUCUUGAUGCAUUGAUGAAAUUUGUUUUUGAAAAAACAAGGGCAAAACAAGUUGGGGCAACCAUGAUGACAGGUCCUGUGCUGGUUGGCAUUACUCAAUCUUAUCUGGAUGCUAUAAAUCAGGGUGCUGUGCCUACUAUUUCUUCCUCUUGGCAGAGUGUUGAAGAAGCUGAGUGUCAUAGGGCAUAUGAUUCUGCUACUGAAAUUUAUAUGUCUUCUUUUGAUCGUUCAAAGCCACCUGAGGAAGUUGCUUUGAGAGAAGCACAUGAAGAAGCAGUUCAGAAGUCAAUGGAUGCCUUUAAUGAGAGUGCUGUAGGGAUUGGUUCUGCAAGGAAGAAGUACGAGGGUCUUCUGCAUAAAUUCUUUAAAAAAGCUUACGAGGAUUAUAAAAGGAAUGCAUUCAUGGAGGCUGAUAUUCGAUGCUCAAAUGCCAUACAGAGUAUGGAAAAGAGGCUCAGGGCAGCUUGUCAUGCUUCAGAGGCAAGCAUAGAUAAUGUUGUGAAGGUUCUUGAUGCUCUUCUUUCUGAAUAUGAAACAUCAGUGCAAGGUCCAGGGAAGUGGCAAAAACUUGCUGUCUUUUUACAACAAAGUUUUGAGGGCCCGAUUCUGGACCUUGUCAAGAAACUGAUUGAUAAAGUUGGAUCAGAGAUGAGUACUCUUCAGACAAGAUACAGGAUGAUUGAAGAUAACAUGGCCUUGCUCAAGAAGCGGUUGGAAGCCUGUGAGAGUCAAAAGUCCGAAUACAUCAAUCGCUAUGAAGAUGCCAUCAAUGAUAAGAAGAAGCUUUCUGAUGAAUAUAUGAAUCGCAUUACUGAUCUGCAGGCAAAUCGUCGCUCAUUAGAAGAGAGAUAUUCUAGCUUAUCAAAAACCUUGGACUCUACCAAGCAAGAAGCCAUGGAUUAAAAGGAAUAUGAACAAGCCAUGUCAAGGCAGAAAGCUGAGGUAGAUCAAGCUAGUUCUGAAGUAGCAGCCCUCAAAUCCCAAAGCAAAGCUGCGCAGGCAAGGUUGGAAGCAGCAAGGGAACAAGCACAGUCUGCCCAAGAGGAGGCUGAGGAGUGGAAACGGAAGUAUGAUAUUGCUGUUAGAGAAGCAAAAGCUGCUUUGGCGAAGGCAGCAACUGUUCAGGAACGCACAAACAAGCAAACACAGUUGAGGGAAGAUGCUCUAAGAGAAGAAUUCGCCAGCAUUUUGGCUGAAAAAGAGGAAGAAAUAAAGGAGAAGCGUGCCAAAAUUGAGUAUGCUGAGCAGUGUUUGGCAACUUUGAAGGUAGAUCUGAAGGCUGCUGAGUCAAAGAUAAGGAGUUAUGAUGCUGAAAUAUCAUCAGUGAGGUCUGAAUUAAAAGAAUUGACUGAGAAGCUGGAAACCGCAAAUUCUAGGGCCCAAAGAUAUGAGAAGGAUGCAAUGGUAUUUCAGCAGGAGAGGAUUCAUCUGGAGCAAAAGUACGAAUCUGAGUUUGCAAGAUUUGCAGAGGUCCAAGAAAGGUGUAGAAAUGCUGAAAAAGAAGCUGCAAGGGCUGUUGAAGUGGCCGACAAAGCACGGGCUGAAGCAGGAAUGGCUCAGAAAGAGAAAAGUGAGAUGCAGAGGCUGGCUAUGGAGAGACUGUCGCAAAUUGAGAGGGCUGAAAGGAAGAUUGAAAAUUUAGGAAGGCAGAAGGAAGUUUUGGAAGCUGAGUUGCAGAGAAUAAGGGAGUCGGAGAAGGAUGCACUUUCUAGAGUCGCAGAGCUAGAAGAAAGGGUGGAACAAAGAGAGAAGCAAAUAGAUUCACUUUUGGAUUCAAACGAUGCAGAGAGGAAGAGUAAUGUUCAGAUUCUUCAAAAUCUUCUGGAAACUGAGCGCACAGCACAUGCGGAAGCAAGUAACAGGGCAGAGGGGCUCUCUCUCCAGCUACAGUCUGCACAAGCAAAGAUUGAUUCUCUCCAUCAAGAGUUGACCAAGUAUAGACUCAACGAAACGGCAUUAGACAGUAAGCUCAAAACUACUUCCCAUGGUAAGCGCUUGCGUGCGGAUGGUGAAAUUGGUGUAGAAUCUGUUCAAGACAUGGAUGUGAGCCCAAGAAUUAUGAGGGGAAGUAAGAGAUCGAAGAGCACUUCCAGCCCUAUCAGGUACACACAUCCAGAAGAUGGUGGUUCCGUCUUUGAGGGCGAUGACAACAAUCACAGUCAGCAAACAAAUGAAGAUGAUUACAAGAAAUUCACAGUCCUGAAGCUUAAGCAAGAGUUGACAAAGCUCAACUAUGGUGAUCAAUUACUUCAGUUGAAGAAUCCCACCAAGAAAGAUAUUCUUGCCCUUUAUGAGAAAUGUGUUCUUCAAAAGUCGUAGUAGCAUUUGUGAAGGCCUUGUACAACUGAAGAUUUCUAACCCCAAGAAACAAGUCUUAACAUUUAGGUCUUGUGUAGGGUUGUGAUGCAUAUAACCAUCUCCGGUAGCUGACAUUGGUAUAGGCCUAUAUAAAUUUCUUUCGAUGGUAUAGUUGAGAUUUAGGACUAGGAAUGCUGUGUCAAUAUAGUUAUGUUUGAGUGCUCAUCCAUUCUGGGUUUGUUAAAUUGGGUUUGCUUCCAUUGAAUCGUACUAUUGGCCAUGGAAAAUUUUUUUUAAUGGUCUGAUGUUUUCAUCUUGUGGAGUGCUUAGUGCUUAAGUAGGCUGUAUUUACGUGAAGUGUGUAUUGUAUAUUUGUAGUGGUUUGGAGAUAAGGUGUUAAAUACUCGUUAUGACUGUCAAUUGUGCCCCCAACCAGAAGCCUGUUUACUGA